UAAAACCAACAUGGCAGCCUCCAUGAAAAUCACAUUUUGCCCAAAAUCUGGGGAUAAAAAGGAGUUUUCUUACCCUGCUGGAGUUGAUAACAACCCCGAUUUGAAGACUAUGAUAUCCUCUCUACGUAAACUACAAGAAAAUGCAAAUAAACUGCUGACAGAGAUAGUAGAAAAGGAAAGAAAUGGACAAAACCUUGGAAAUCGGAAUACUGUCGUGACGAUGCCAGAUAUGGAUGAGGAAAUGGAAGAUGAGGAUGAAAGUGAUGAAGAUGAACCCAUCCAAGAACCAAACCCAAAGAAAGCCAAAACAUGAAAUUCACAACAAAGAUUUUGCCAGUGUUCCAAGAACUCUAUUGACACUACUCUCGUGAAGAUAUUGUCUGGUUGAAAAGGAAAUGUGGCAAUGGAAACACGAUUCACUCGGCCAAAGACACUCACUGAAACUAACAAUUCUAAUCAUGUGAUGUGACAAGUUUCUUAAGAUUCCCAAGCUGAUUCCUUGAUUGGGUUGCAGAUAUGCUAUCUGACAACAUCACAGACUCCGAAGACUGCUUGGAUGUGAUGUACCUCUGUUGAUACCGUCUGGACCUAUCACAAAUGUAAAUGGAGAACGCCAAGACAUUUUCUCUUUCGUAACAAAAUUCUUUCGAGUGGAUGUCAAGACAAAAGCGCCUAGUAUUGUAAUUCAAUACAUCACGGUAGUUUAAGACAUUGUAAAUGUUUGCAGAUUACCGGUUUAUAUUUGAUUAAAUAACGUUCUGGAAAUAUUCA